CUGCCAGGAAGUGAUGAUGCCCUGCAGCCGAUUUCUAUCUAAUUCUCGAUGUGGCGCAAGUAGAGUUACGCCAUAAACUAAAGUUUCGUGAAAUCGGCUGGCCUUAGCUAGCUAGCUUCCCGGGCCGCCUAGCCUAUAUAUAGCUAGUCCGACAGUGCAUGUGCUAGUGUCGUGUGAGACGUGUGCGCACUAGUACUGUAGCUUUCGUGUUGGGGAGUGUCGACAUAAGAGUUUCAGGAAGUGCCCAUCAGAUCAUCUUCACAGCCAGAAAGCAGGAUCCAAGUUGCUCAGCAUGCUUGCCUUUGCCAUCUUUGCCGUGACGUUUGUGGUGGCGCUGAUCAUCGCCGUCGUUUACCUAUAUCCGGGAUCAGCUAAGAAGAGCACCAUCCCUGGCAUGGACCCCUCAGAUCCAAUGGAAGGCAAUUUCCCGGACAUUGGAGCUGCAGGAAGCUUGCAUGAGUUCCUCAUGUACCUCCACGAAAAGUUUGGACCAAUUGCUUCCUUCUGGUUUGGGCCAAAGUACACCGUCAGCAUCGCCUCGCCAGAGCUCUUUAGGGAGCACACUGGGCCAUUUGAUCGCCCUCCUGAGCUUUUUGCUCUGUUUGAGCCCUUGAUUGGCAAGAAUUCUAUUCAGUUUGCAAACAAGGCCGACGGCAAGAGGAGGCGCAACAUCUACGACGUCCCUUUUGGGCAUGACAGUGUGAAGUAUUUCUAUGAGACUUUCAAUGAGGUAGCCAAUGAGCUUGUGAAGAAGCUGUCUUCCGUGCCUAAAGAUGAGCAUCUGCCACUGAUCCAGUAUUGUCAUGCCAUCGUCAUCAAGGGCCUCACGCAGACAUCCUUUGGGGAUUACUUUAAGGAUGAUGCCAACAUUCUCAAGUUCCGCCACUCUUAUGAAAUUUGCUGGAAUGAGAUGGAAGCCAGUCUAACGGAAGGUCUGCCAGAGGAGGGCACUGAGAGACACAAGAAGUUUAAAGAAGCUUUGGGGUACCUUCACAAUUCUGUCCGAGAUGUGAUCAAGCAACGCAAAGAAAAUCCGACAGUCGGGCACCAGGUGUUCAUUGACGUGCUGAUUGAGAAUGAGCUGCCUGAGGAUCAGGUACUAGACGACUGCAUCAGCUUCAUGGUGGGCGGAUUCCACACAUCCGGAUACCUGUUGGCAUGGACUUUGUACUUUCUGGCGACCCAUCAGGAAUGCCAGGAGAAAGUGUACAAGGAAGUCAUGGAAAGUGUUGGCAAAAAUGAAGUGGAGAGUUCAGAUCUCAAGAGUCUCCCAUACCUGCGUCAAGUGCUGGAAGAGAGUCUGCGCGUGUCUGUCCUUGCUCCAUAUGCAGCCCGUUUUCAGGACAACGAAUCGCAACUCGGGGGUCACGUAAUUCCACCAGGGACUCCAGUUAUCCACGCUCUUGGUGUUAUGCUUCAGGAUGAAGAACUUUGGCCUGAACCAGAUAAAUUUGACCCGGAGCGCUUCAGUGAGAAGAGGUUCACUCCACGCCACCAGGCCGCCUUCAAGCCGUUCGGCUUUGCCGGCAAGCGCGUCUGCCCCGGGCAGCACUUCUCCUACGCUGAGGUGACCGUCUUCCUGGCCAUCCUCUGCCGCGCCUUCAAGUUCAACCUUGUACCCGGGCAGGUGGUGGAGCCAAAGCAUGCCUUGGUCACCUCACCCAAGGAUGAAAUCUGGGUGACGCUAGAGAAGAGGUCCUAGGCCAGUGAGCCGUGCCCUCUCUUAGAGAUGCAUACCUAAUAGGAGGAUAGCAACAUUUGGUUCGCAGAAAUUACUCAGAUUGUUUUCAGCAGUCCCCUUCAUUUAAUUAAACAGAGUGGGUUCGCUUUCUGGGCUUUACAUUAUAAGUAAGUAAGAUGCGUAACAACUAACCUGUUUUAUCUCAGUGGCUACUUUACAUUUAAAAAGGCCAAUGAGCUGUGUCCUCGCUUAGAGAUACCUGCUUGGGAGGAUAGCAACAUGAGGCUAGCACGAGAGGCUAUCAGAAAGUACUCAGAUUGUCUUCUGCUAUGCUCUCCAUUUCAAUAAAUAUGAGUUGAGUGGUUUAAAGGGUCGUUUGCUUUUGGCGCAUUAUAAUACAUGUAUAAGCAAUUAGGGUGCAUAGUUAAAUAAUAUGAGUUCGGUGUUUUUGAAGGGUCGUUUCCUUUUGGUCAUUAUAUGUUUUUAAGCAUGAUAUAAAGCAUGACAAAUAACCUGCUUUAUCUCGGUGGCUACUGUACAUUUUUAGAUAACAAAGAACAUACACAAUUUUGGGGGUCUCGUAUUAACUGUAUUUUAAUGUGUUGCUCAUGUACAUGUAUGUGAACAGCGGCACCCUAUGUAGAAACCAUUGAAGCAGUAAUUGAAGCAGUUACGUAUUUGUUACCAACGUAGAACAAAGUGGACCUAGAUCGGUGAGAUGUGCCCCCUCUAGAUGCAUAGCUGCUCGGGAGGCUGGCAAAAUGUGGUCUGAAAUUACUCGAAAUUAAUCGGCAUUCGUCUGAAGUUUAAUAAGCACGAAUUCAAGAUUUUUUGAGGGCACGGAAAGGGGUAGCCUAUUGUAUUGAAGCAGUUACAUAUUAUUAAUGACAAGUAGGAUCGAGAU